AUGGAUGAGGCUAAGCAGCCAUCCGAGGUGUACAGUGGUGGACAGAGCACAGAACAACGGAGCGCUUUCAACUUCGACUUCUCCUACGAGAGCAUCGUGAACAACGACAUAGUGAGGCCCCAGGAGAUCGACUGCGGAAUGUCCUGCGCGAGUUCCUUCUUUGAGAACAGUGAACAGGUCGUUCCUCGGGGUGAUUACGCCUUGGAGUCUUCAGGUAACCCGGGAGAUCAACCAAAGUGCGCAAAUUCUGCUCUCCCCAUAAGCACGCGCACCACGAGCGCCUUGGAUUUUUCAUUCCAGAGGAACGACGCUAAUUGUGGUGAUGAAGCGGGUGGUGAUAAAGCAGGUGGUUACGACAUUUGUGGUCACGACACUGGUGGUCACGACACUGGUGGUCACGACACUGGUGGUCACGACACUGGUGGUCACGACACUGGUGGUCACGACGAUGGUGGUCACGACGCUGGUGGUCACGACGCUGUGUCGGGGCACGUGAGAGAGGCUCACGGACAACAGAGAGAUGGACCGCAGUGCGUGGAGCACCUGCUCGGGUACGAAGGUCUCCUUGGCAAUGAAGCGCCCAAAGCGGAAGCACACCAUCUGGGUGAUACAAAUAACGCACAACCUUGCGAUGCGUUUAAAGAGAAGAAAGAAGAAAGCACAUCUAAUCAAUUAGAAGAUGGUGAGGAAAGGCCCCAUAGGGGUGCAUCCAUCGCCAAUUCGGGAGAAACGUAUAUAGCAUCUCCCUCCAUGGCAACCACUGAGAAGCAGGGAUAUUCGUACAAAUCCAGUCCAUCUAUCAGCUCCACCAGAGGUAGCGAUAGCAGUGAAGCAAACGAAAUAUAUAGAUCCCUACAGACAGAAAUUGCAUCUUAUAAGUUGGAAGUAUUUCGCUUAAAGUCGGAAGUGCAAGUCCAAAACAGGUACUAUCAGAAUGAGAGGAAGAAGAAUGAAGAAUAUAGUAAGAUGUUGGAGAGGUUUCUACUAGAACCAAGUAGUUGUUCACAAGGGGAUGAAUACAUGGGAUCAUUGAACCUACUAGAAGUGGAAAAUAAAAAAUUGAGACAAGAGCUAGCCGUCAAAACUAGCGAAAUUAUUGAACUAAACAAUGUAGUGAAUAACUUAAAAGACCAGAAAGGCAUUUUCAUGCAUUCUAUGCAGAACGAGUUGGAAGUUUGUAUGAGUAAAGAAGCAGAGUCGUCCCUCAUGUUACAUGCACAGACGAAGCGAUUAGCCAACGCGAACAAUUAUAUAGCUAAACAAAAUAAAGAGAUAUCAAAACUGAAAGAAGAUUUAAACAAACUUGAAGAGACCUAUAUCCUCCAUGUUCACAAGAUGGAGAACCAAAUCAACCAACUGGUUGACGAAAGAAACGAAUUGAUUUCGACCGCCAAACGGUUACAAGUAAUUAAUCUAGAUAAUAAAAAAAAAGAAGAAGAGUUAGAAAAAUGUAGGAGGAAGUGCAAGGAGCUAACACAAGAGUUGAAUGAUUUCGUUAGAAUUGUUUCAACCGAUAGAGAAAACAGAAGUACCAACUUUGGUGGCUUCUAUCAAAAUGUAAGGAGUAUUUCAUCCUUCACCUCCCUCAAGGAAGGAUUCGUCGACGGAGAAAAUAACCUCAGAGAGGAAAAUUCCAUCUUAGCUAGGAAAAUAAAACAGAUGAUAGAACAGAACGACGUCCUCAGGGUAGAAGUAGCGCAACGGGUUCAGGAUCUUCAAGAAGUAACUAGCCAAUUGGAAAACCACAAGGAAACCAUAAAGGUGAAAAAUGAUAAUUAUGCUUUGCUCCUGGAGAGGUAUAACAAUUUAGAGAAGGACUUCGAGAACGUACAUUUAUUGUGUAUGCAGUUGGAGGAGAGGUUCCGCGUCGAACAGAGCCAUCACAUGCAUGCAAGUGGUACGACCAACGCAACUUCAACUGCAACUGGAACUGGAACUGGAACUGCCAACGUAAACGGUGCAAACCAGGAGCACCUGCUCGGGAAGAGUAACUUCUCCCUCAGCGAAUUGGAACUUAAUCACAGUAACCAAAGCGAGAUAAACAUUCAACACUACAAGAUAUUUUGUUCUGAACUGCAACUGGAAAAUGAAUCCCUCAGACAGACAAUCCAGAGACUCAAGAGCAAGAAUAAGAAGCUCACCACGAGCAUGGAGCUUCUACUGCGUGACUUGGUCGCCGCGGGUGGGGGAUCGCCUACAGAAACGCAUGAUAAGGUGGAGAAGGAAAGUCAAGCACUUGGACAGGGUAGCGCAUCGGAAGGUGCAACUGUGGAGAGGUCGCCGCCAAAACCUAAGCAAGAGGAGAUCAUCCAUAACAUCGUUAACCACCCAAGUUCCGACGCAACCGAAGAGAACCCCCCUCCAGGUAGAACCCCCAAAAGUGCAUAUUCCCAAACGGAGAGCCAUUCGAAGGAAGAAACGGCUGAACGGGGGAUCCAAACAGUGGAGGAAAAAAUCGUCCCGACUGAAGACAAAAAAAAAAACGAAUACACACAAACGGAGGGAAAGAUAAAAAUACUCGGAGAAGACCCUCCCGAUCGUAAUGUCAUCAGCGAAGGAGUAAACACGGAGGAAAAAAUCUCGAAGACCAAACAGGUGUACACACAUGAAAACAGAUUAUUUGUGAACACCGGGACAAAUACGAAUUUGAUUGAUGUGGUACACCGGGGAGUUAUCCCAAACAUUAUCGACGUAACCGACGUAGGGAUCAAUCCGAAUCGGAUCGAAACUGUCGACAAGGGAAUCACCCCGGAGCAGGAAAUAAAGAGUAACAAGAACGCAGAUGCACAAACGGAAGAUGUAAACGUUCUUAUAAAAUUUACCCAGACAGAUGAUCUUGAAAUUGUCAAUCGGGAAGUUCUCACAGACUUGCACGGAAUUAACAACUGCAGUGUCAAAAGGAUAAUGUUCGCAUGCAGUUCACCCAAAAAUAAAAAGGUUCAGGUGACUACGACGACAAUGAAUGCCUCCGCGCAAACGGUGGAAAUUUUCAAAUCUUCAAGUCAGUACAACUGUGAUGCUUAUCGACACAUCUUCUAUGAUGGACAUAGAGAUAGAGGCACCACGAGAAGGAUAAAGAAAAGACAACUUAUUAAGGGAUGUAAUAACUCCCCCCUAUACUCAGGCGAAGAAUCAACAGGAGGAGAUGUAUCAUACGAAUCCUACUCCACCUCGUCCACCAGUUUGUAUGCACGUGUUAGCUCCACGGAGAAAAAGAAGAAGAAAAAAUAUUAUGCACCUACCUAUAGGAGUAAGCAGAAAAAGGGAGAAUACGCUAUACGAGAAAGGUUCAGAGGUGAUAAUCUAUAUCUCCACGGGGGAGACCACAUAAGAGACCACGUAAGAGACCACGUAAGAGACCACGUAAGAGACAACGUAAGAGACAACGUUAGAGACCACGUAAGUAACAGAAGGAGAAUGAAGACGAGUUACAAGUAUAUGGAUCCAUCUAGUAGUUAUUCCAUGUCCAGGGGGAGAAAGGAUAACCUGAGAGGAGCAGGCACGGAUAGAAUGGUCCACAAAAAGAAAAACGAAAUAGAUGAAGUAGAAUCGCUCAUAGAAAUUUUAAAAUAUUCUUCUGACAAUUAUGAAUCCGACAUGGAUGGUCACUACGGUUAUCACGACGAUCGCGAUGGCCACCAAGAUUAUAACGACUUGAACUUCUCUAGAAGUGCAGGUAGCUUUUACGAGUACUCUGCUUCUGACUACUCCAGGAUUCGCUCCAAACGGCUAGCGAAUCAACAGAAAAGACACUCCCAUAAAACACAUAAACAUGUGAGAGGUGUCUGUGAGGAAGACUCCAUCGAUGGUAUCAACCCAACCCAUGAGAAAAGAACUUCGAGAGGAAGAAAUAGAAAAAUUAUGAACAAUCUAAUAUGUAGAAACUGCCAUCGCCAGCGUGUCAUCGUCAAGGAAAACAAACAUGUACAGACAGGUGAGUAUUUCCUUGAAAGUGAAUUUAACUACAACCUUAGCAUCGCCUCCAUGGAUUCACCACCACAUUAUAACACAAAAAAAAAUAUAACCACCUUAAAGAGAAAGAUGAAAGAGUAUCUCAAUGAUUACUAUCACACCCUUAUCAUUUGUGAGCAUUGCAAGGGAGUCUAUGUAGAUAUUUCGACUGUGCACAUCCUUCAUGAGUACAUAUCUCGGACAAGAGAUAGUCGACCCUGUGGUGGUAGUGAUAGAUCGAGUGACACCAUGGGGGAAAAAGUCCAAGACGGGCAGUGUGAUGCAACUAAGUGGGAUGCUUCUCAUAGUGAGAGCGACUACAUAAGCAGUGAUUGCACCUCCAGGAAUGUCACGAAUUAUUCUACCAAAGAGAGUGUCAAUCAAACAGAAACUGAAACCUCUAAUCAGGGAGAAGAAGCGUCCACUGUAACUCUGGAGUCCUUCUUAAUAAAACAAAUUCCACUAAAUCUAUCCAUAUGUACAUGUACAUUCGUGAAUUUAAAGUACAAGAAAGUUUUGGUGAGGAAGGAGGAAUCUGGAGUGGGGGAGAGAACCUCACGGGUGGACAACAGAUUAUCAUCCAGUAGACUUUCCAACCGAUUAACCAAACGGAAGAAAAAAAAACAUUCAGUAAAACACUCUCCAAGAAAGGAUCUAUUGAAAAAAGCACUAGAUGUAAUUAACCACAUAAGGGUAGAAAUGAAUAAAAUAAAAUCCGUCGUCUGUAGCUAUCUACUUUUAAAUGAGAAGAAUGAAUUACAUAAAAUCAUUUUAACCUCUCCAAGACUGGUUCAUGUGUUACCCUUCAUCCUUAGGAAAUAUGCAGGGGGGGGAAGUGAGUGCUACGAUCUGGUGUCCUCAUCCGAAGGGGUACCUCAAAAAAUGGAAAAGUAUUUUCAGAGCGAAAUGGUAACAAGAGGUACGUUACCAUGCCCGGUGAGUGCCAUUCAAGUGACAAACUCACAAGACACUUCUGUGUGCAUUCCUCCGGGGAGAGAACACACAAACGAUGAACCAUUUAGUACUGGAACCCGAACCUACGGGAGUAUCCCCCAUUGUGCAUCUAACAACAGAGAUAACAAGGUGACUGGUAUGAACCCGUUUAUCGAUUCUAUGUUGGCUUCUACGAAUGAUGGUAGAAGAUCCUUCGCAGAUGCGUCCACUCCACUGUACGGGGGCAGUAAUGUUGAAAAGAAGGAUGGAAUCAUCAGUAGAAGCACACUGGUACUGGACGGAGAAAGAGUUCAUAACCAUGGGUCGAUGGAAAAUUUGCCUCAUCCCUAUUCAUCGGAAAAAUCAGUAAGCCAAAUGAACCAUAACGAACUAUACAGCCAAGUUUCUACACAUAGACCACAUGAUGUCAUUAACCAUUUAGACAAUGCAUUCCAGUUGGAUAAUUUCUUACAUCAAGAUGGAAAGGAGGAGAAUCUCACCCUAUUUGUCAUUUUGUCGGUUCUCCGUUUGCACGAAUUGCACGUUUCCUCUAAUUUGAAAACGACGAUCUGGUCCUCCAACGGGGUUGUUGAUGUAACGGUGGACUCAAAUAAAGUGAGUAGCAAUUUUCCCACAAGUGCGAAUGCCCUACGUGUGGAUUUGCCAAGUGGGAACACCGCAAGCGGUUUUAUCCCCCCCGGAGGGGUAGACUCUUUUUUUGAGCCUUACCAUCUGCAUCUGGGAAAUGGUAUCGACAAUUCAGACGACAGAACAUCACUCACACUAAUUAUGAAUGACAUUGUAAAGAACGUCGAGGCCAAAUGGAAAUCAAUUGUAUCGGUGUAUCUACAUCUGGAUGAACCCAUAAAUGUAGCUCCAAUACAAAUGGCAGAUGUACUGAGGCUGAUUCAGAAUUACGAAAAAGUGAAUCUUUACAUGAAAAAAUUAUCAUUAGAGAGUGGAGAUGACCAAGUGCACCGGGGUGAAGAAUUACCAGAAGGGGGCAAAGGAGGUAGUAAUGGAUACCAAGUGACAAAGGAUGACACACUCAUCCUUCCUUUGAAAGAAGAAAUACAACAACUGUCUACGGAGAAGGACGCGAUAAAUAAAACGCUCAGUGAAUCUGUAGACAAAAAUGAGAAACACUCCAAGUUGUGUGCGCACACUCAACAAGGCAAGGUCUCAGACGGGGGGGGUGUCUGCAUGGAUAAGAUAGAUUCGUGCAUUAGAAAAAUUGAAGAACUACAGGCCGAAAUAAAGAUACUGAAGAAUCGUGAAGGGAACGAUCGCAUUGUAUGUUAUUGUCCUGGCGGUAGCGACGCCUGCAGUGAAGGUGGCCCGGCCGGACAUACUCACGAUGGAGUUCACGAUGGAAUUAACGAUAGACUUCACGAUAGAGUUCACGAUAGACUUCACGAUGGAAUUAACGAUGGAAUUAACGAUAGACUUCACGAUGAAGGUUGCGAUGGCGAUGAAGAUCACGCCGCUGUACCUCAACAGGUGAAGGGGAAAGAAAAGGCAUGCAGAAGCUGCAACUUCCUCCGAGGGUCCAAAAUCAAAAUAAUUUACAGCGUAAUCAUAAUGCUGAGGAACAGUAUCACUCAUCUCGUAACAUAUGUGUACAGGAAAAGUAUGAAGGAAGCACAACUGAACAUGAACCACGUUAAGGAACUAUAUACCAACGUAGUUAACGUUCUUUUAGGUCUUCCGAAAGAGUUGAAUCUCUCUGUUAUCUUCAUUCGUAAGAGGGAGAUAAAUUUCCAAAUGUACUUAAAAAAAGGGAGUCUUAGUUUGGAACAAACGGAAAGGCAACUCCACAAAGAAUGGCAAGUGCACCCACGCGAUUCUCUCCACGCAAUGUACGACUUCUCCGAUGGCAGUUCGAUGGACGAAAGAAAUGACACAAGAGAGAAGAGGGAAAAAAAAAAAAAAAAAAAAAAAAAAAAAAUUAUGAACUCACAAAUGCAUACACUGAAUGAGAUGAACCAACGGAGCGAGUGUCACUUGAAAGACGAAACGCCCAUCAUGUCAUCACAAAAAAAAAGGAAAGGAAGAAGAAAAAAAAUUGUGCAAGGAGCUCACUGCCUAAUGGGUCUUGACGACAUCUCCGAUCAGGAAUCUUCGAGCGAUGUGUCCCUGCUCUUUGAUUUGUAG